AUGCCUGAUUCCAAACUACGCUCAUUUUUCACCCGAACCACCCACUAUCAAGGCCAGGUGGACGCAGCAAAUAGCAAAUCCGGUUUCGGUAAACAAUCCCAAUCGAACGGUUUACUCUACGAGGGCCAAUGGACGAAUGGUUUGAGACAUGGACACGGAAUUCUCUAUCGAAAGCAACCGGAUACGGAACUGUUCGUUAAAAUAUACGCCGGUGGAUGGGAAGGCGGGAAGAAGCAUGGACUCGGUGUGAAAUAUUACCGAAAUGGGAAAUAUCUCGGCUGCUGGGAGCAGGAUCAACGCAGCGGACAGGGGUUCAUGUGGUUCGACAGUGGAGACUUCUAUAUUGGUGAAUGGAUUGAGGACCGCUACGAUGGGUUGGGGGUGUUUCUUGAGAUCGGUGGGAAUCGGUAUCAUGGUCAGUUUAGAGGGGGCUUGAAUCAUGGUGAGGGAUUGUACCUUCAUAUGAGAACGGGCCAAAUUCAGAGAGGUUUCUGGAAUGAAGGUGUCUUCAAAAUGGGUGUAAUUGAAGAUUGGAAUAGGAAUCAAGCCAUCGAACCAACUGCAUAUCCAAUUCCGGAGCAACAGCAGCAACAGCAGCAGCAGCAACAGCAGAUGCAACAGCAGAUGCAACAGCAGCAGCAAACGAAGACAAUACUCUCAUUGCUUACUGCUGACGAUGGACGGCUACUCGGUGAACAAUGGUGUUGUCGGUCGCUGAUGGAGUACGGCUAUAUGGCCGAUAGACGUAGACGCUGCCGAGCUUGCUUUCGGCCGGAGGACCGAUCGACUGGAACGCCCGCGGCCUCGCUCGCGAGUUUGCUUCCGGAUGGCUGA